AUGCCAUCGUUACAGAAAUUCCAUGCUAACGUUGCACGUCACGUUAAGCUGAUGGACAAAAAUUUGUGUGCCAAUUUAAUCCGUCAUGAAUAUAUUGUCACUGGUAGAACAAAGGCCAAGAGAUCACAAAGGAAGAUCGAACGUUUCUUGAGUAGAGCCGUUAGUGAAAACAAGCAGAUGUCGGAAAAAGAUGAAGAAUUCAAACUUAAGAACAAUAAAGCAUUUGCUUUCUUACAACCUCCAGAUAAACAAGAAGUCGGGUCGAAAGUGAUCAAUGACUUAGUGAAUAGAUACCCAAAGAGAACACACGGGUUCACCCGUAUUAUAAAGUUGGAACCAAGAUUAGGAGAAGAUAAAGCUCCGAUGUCCGUUUUAGAAUUGGUGGAUUCGGAAUACGAAAUAAAAUUUUGGUUCACAGCUAAGAUUGUUGCCAGAUUGGAAUUACAAGGAUUGGAAUUGGAUGAUUUGACUAAACAUACCGUUACUAAAUUAACACAGUUCCGUGUCAAUGGUGAAGAUAAGUUCCGUGAAGCAGUUGAAACUGCCAAAGUUGAAUUUUUCAAAUAUGAUCCCGAAUCUGGUGAAGUCACCGACGCUGACAUGAAAGAAAAUUUAAAAAACUUACCAAGAAACUUAGAAUAUAAUGGUGGUUCUAUGUCUGGUAAAUUAUUAAUGUCCAAGAAAUUUAAAACCAUUCCUAGACCAGAAGCCAAAAAGGUUGAGCUUCCAAAAUCACCAUUCUUGUCAUCCUAA